ACGGCUGCAAGCGCCUCUCAUGUGACCGCCAGCUUCCUGUGCGCUCCCGGCUCGGUGCCGGUGCCGCGGGUCGGGACGUGCUCGGCGCUGCCGGACGCUGCCCUCGCCACCGGCCCCCGCGCCAUGCUCCGCCGCAAGCCCUCCAACGCCGGGGACAAGGAGCCGGGACACAGGAAGCUUUCCCUACAGCGUUCCAGCAGCUUCAAGGACUUCAGCAAGUCCAAGGUCAGCUCCCCCGUGUCAAACGAGGAGUUCAGCCUGGAGGAGAACAUCCCUGAGGAUGAUGCCAGCAGUGCCAGUCCCGAGGAUGCCGGGCGGAGCAGCGGGACGAAGCUGGGCAGGAAGUGGCGGGCGGUCAUCUCCCGCACCAUGAACCGCAAGAUGGGCAGGAUGGCCGUGAGAGCGCUGGCCGAGGGGAAGCAGGGAGAGGUGGAGGAGGAGGGGUCCCCAUGCCCCCUGUCCCCAGCCAGCAGCACGGAAGAGCGGAGCCAUGACAAGGUGCCCCUGUCGUACCUGGAGCUGGAGGAGGAGGAGGACGGGCGCCCAGCCCUCAGACGCCAGAUGUCCAGCGGCAGCGACCUUCCCAGCCCUGCCGAUCCUGGGGACAGCCGGCGGCUGGAGGAGACUGUCCCAGCCUACACCGGCCCCUUCUGCGGCCGGGCCCGUGUCCACACCGACUUCACCCCCAGCCCCUACGACAAGGACUCCCUGAAGCUGCGGAAAGGGGACAUCAUUGGCAUCAUCGAGAAGCCGCCUGUGGGCACCUGGACGGGGCUGCUCAACAACAGGGUGGGCUCCUUCAAGUUCAUCUACGUGGAUGUGAUCCCUGAGGAGACAGUCCCUGCCCGCAGGAGCCGGGGCUCCAGCCGGAACAAGCGCCUCAAGCCCAAGACCCUCCAUGAGCUGCUGGAGCGCAUCAACCUGCAGGAGCACACCCCCACCCUCCUGCUGAACGGGUACCAGACCCUGGAGGACUUCAAGGAGCUGCGGGAGACCCACCUGAACGAACUGCACAUCACGGACCCCCAGCACCGCGCCAAGCUGCUGACGGCCGCCGAGCUCCUCCUGGACUACGACACAGCCAGCGAGCCGGAGGAUGCUGACACCUCCGAAGCCCUGCCAUCGCCCUCAGGGCCCAAAGGAGACAUUCCUCGGGACUCCGGCUGCUUUGAGGGAUCAGAGACCCUGGAUGGCAGCCGGGAGGAGGCCGAGCUGAGGGGUCCCGAGGAGCAGCUGGGGGCUGUCUCCAUGGCAGAAUCCCCCUGAGCCCGCCGGCACUGCCGCUUCCCGCUCUGGCCCUAACAGUGGGGUGGACUGGAGGGGAUGGCUGCUGGUAGGGGACAGGGGAGCACCAGUGGUGGCACCUCGGGGCCCAGCUCGGCCCCUGCACCAGAGCCAGAUGCUGGGUGGGCACAAGGAGCCCCAGGACAUUUUGCACGGCACUGCCUGGCACCACUGCCAGGGGCUCUGGGCACGCCGGGGCACCGCGCUCCCCGCCAGGACACCACAGGCAUUGGCUGCCUUUUCCCAGGUUUGCCAGCAGGCUCAGGAAGGGAGCUGGGGAGGAAAGCUGUGUCUGCAGGCAACUAAAGCCUUCCCAGGACACUGACACUUCCCAGCAUGGACACACGGAGACCCCCCUCACCCGCCGUGGGCGACAGCAAGAUGCAAAUAACACAGCUAAGACACACUGGAAGCGUGAGAUGGAGAGGCCUGGAAAGACACAGGGAAGGGGGAAGAGGCAGCUGGCUUGGGGCAGUACAGACACACAGGGGCUACAGCUCAGCCAUUUUCAAACCAAUUAAGUUUCCUUCAUUGUUUUAAAAUAAAAAAAAAAUAAUAAUAAGAAAAAAAAAAAAAAAGAACACCCAACCCUCACCCAACCCCUUCCUUGCUUCUGGAGACCCUGACCCGUGCAGGCGGGUCCCGGCAGGCAGCACUCCACACACCGCGUGGAACAGGGAGCAGCAGAGCCAAAAAAUACACUUUUUCACACUGAA